AUGCCGGGCGCUUGGACCUCCUGUGACACCGAGCUAAUAAUACAGCGCGAGAUUCUGGAAAUUCCAGUUAUUUGUGGUGGUUGUACUAACACGCCAGCUGUGUUUAAGACGCAGAAAUACCUGACGACAGUUAGUACAAUCAGAUUUGUCAGUCGAUAUAGAUGCUCAGAGACAGAAGUCUCCACGCGCACCGCGUACGGCAAAGAUGCCACCACACCUUGUACAGAGUGCAACCCUUCAUCGUAUCCUGUAGUCCCACAUUUUUCUCUUCCAAUUUCAUCAGUGACGGAAAUCGGUGGUUCAUCACUAAGAAUGACUUGUUUUGUGUGUUUUGCCAAAAACGUUACAACUUAUAAGCUGAACAGCCGCAAAUUAAAGAAUGAAAACUUUAGUGAAAAGCUUAAAACUGUUGUUGGAGAUGUGAUAUCACGUGAUCUAUUCCAAGCUAACGCAGGAUUAUGCCGGAACUGUUAUUCAAAGACCGUCAAAUAUUUUGAGUUUGCAGAACAGGCAAAAACAUCAGCCUUGUCAUACACAAGUUCUGGUGGUGCAUCAUAUAAGAGGGGUAUAUUAUCACCACUUACCCCUAAAUCUGCAAAUAAAGACCAUCUUGAGACUGUGCGUGGUAGAUCAAGGAAACAGCUAAAGCUUUUACCUGUAUCAGCGUCAGCAACUUACUCUGAACAACAGGAACCACAAAUUUUAAAUGUAUCCAAUAGGUUAUCAGUGACCACUGAUCAGACAAAAGAUGAUGGUGUUGCACAUAUUCAUUUUGAUCACUCUUAUGAUGCCCAAACAAUGGCAUCCACAGGAACAGCUGACAUGUCAUGUACUGAUAAAACUUUAUCAGUCUUGAAAGAGAUGUUCAUGAUUGAGAAAGAGGACAUUAAAUUGCCUCAAAAUGAAAUUCUACAGACAUUAAGGUCUCAGAGCUUUUCCUUAACUUCUAAACCUGCACCAUUUGCACCCGUCUUGUGUUUUAAAGGAUCAAACCAGAUCUAUAUAGUGACCCAUGACAGAAUUGUGCAUAUUAUCCAUGAAAUGGAGAAAAGAUAA